AUGGGUGUAUUUCUAAAUUUUAUAUGCAUUUAUGUAUUUAGGCAACAUUCAAAAGAACACACAGCACCAGUUAUUCAUUAUUAUUUGAUAACAUUAACAUUGUGGCAGACGGCUGUCUUAUUAAAUGGGUUCUUAUUGUAUAGUUUUCCAAAUAUGUAUAGAGUUUAUUUUGGUUCAUUAGAAUCAUAUCAAUUAUUUUAUCCUUAUAUAUUUGCUGGAGCUAAUAUAACAAUGGUUGCUUCAGUAUGGGUUAUUUUGGUACUUACUAUUGAUAGGUAUUUAGCUUUAUGUAAACCAUUAAAACACAGAUAUAUUGGUAAAAGAUCAAGAGUUAAAAGAAUAAUGAUUUUAGUUUCUGUAUUAGCAUUUUUUUAUAAUAUUCCACGUUUUUUUGAAAUUGUUACAAAUAAAACUUGUACUAAUGUAAAUGGUACAAUAAAUUGUAUAUAUUAUGUUGAUAGAACACCAUUUGCUCAUAACUCAUUAUAUCAUAUAUUAUAUAAAAUUAUUAGCCAAUUACUUUUAGUUUCCCUAAUUCCAUGUUUUAUAUUAUUUAUUUUAACAUUAAAAAUAUCAUUAGCAAUAAGGCAUGCAAUAUUACGUAGAAAAAAAUUAUGUCCUGAUAUGGCUGAGACAAGUAAAGUUCUUAAAAAAUCAAAACCAGUUUCAAGAGAACAUAAGGCAAAUAUUAUGCUUGUCUUAAUUAUUGUAAAAUUUUUAAUCUCAACAAUACUACCAACAGCAUGUGAUAUUAUUGAAAAAAUUAUUGGUGCUGAAGUUUUUCAGAGAAGUUAUUUUGCCACAAUUGUCGUUGAUAUAUCAAAUUUUUUAAUUGUCCUAAAUUGUUCAACAAAUUUUUGGGUUUUUCUAUUUUAUGGUCAAAGAUUUAGAAAAUAUUGUAAAAGAAUAUUUUCUAAUAAAUUAUUAAGAAAUGCUGAAAGAUAUUUGGAGUCAUCUUUUGAGAUACCUUAUACAAGGGCACAAAGAAAUUAUGAUAUUUCAAAUUCAACAACACCAUUUGUAACUAAAAGUGUAUCUUAUAGAGAUUCACAAAAACAGAGGCAAUUAAACGUAAAAUUUUCAAUAAAUAAUUUACAUUCAUUUAAUAAUUCUAAUUUUGAACUAUCAUCUCGUUAUAAAAAUCCGGAUUUACCAAUAAUAAACAAAUCAUCUAAUAUUUCUUGUUAUAUGAUAAGAAAAAUAUCAGCACAAGACCAUUUCUAUUCAUUUACAAAAACCAAUUCACCUUUUAAUAUGGAAAAAAAUAUAUAA